AUUGAAUAAAAAGAACUAACCCAAACCCGGCUUAUCACCUUCACCAAGCGGUCGGACAACGCCGCGCCUGCCAUUGCCGCGCCACGCCGCACUGCCGCUGGCCCACCCGAACCCCAGGCCCGGGCCAACCUAGCCUCCAUCGCCGACUCCCUCAACCGGCUGCACUUCAAAGUCGACGGGAUGGACGGGUACCUUGAACGGCUCGACGAGGCUGUUCAACGCUAAGGGCACGCCAUGAACGCGUACUUCCAACGAGUCAACUACGUCCCCCCACCGUACGAAGGCACGUUCCUUGGGCAAGUGUACGGUGACGAGGACGAAAAGGAUGGCUCCUACGCCCCGUCAAGCUCCCCGGACGAGGAUGAGUUCGACGACGCCAAUGACGGGGAUGAGAUGGAGGUCGACGAUGACGAGGAGGAAAUCGAAGACGAAGACUAGGCCGCCCCUAGAAUUUCUUUCCUUUUUUUAGUGUCAUGUUUUUAAAUUACUUGCUUCCGUUGUACUCCGCUAUUUCCCAAUUCAAUAAAUAAAAUAAUCUUUUAUCUUUUUGUUAAUGUCAAAAGGGGGAAGAAAAGGGCUAUGCAUAU